CCGGCAGCCUGUCGUUGCUCGACUCUGUCGGCGGGACGCGCAACGCCGACGCGGCGGUGGCACCGGUUCCCUCUCCCUGCGCGUCCCACAGUUGCCCGACGCCCGACCGCUUUUUUUUCCUGCUGACGCAAGACGCAGCCAGUCUCAUAGCACGCCUCUCCGUCUAAGCUCGUCGUCCGUCGAGCAACGCCAUUCCACGCAGCGCAUCAACGGCCGAUAGUUUCCUCGGCGACGGGAUAAAAAAACCGCAGCGAUAAGCCCUCUCGAGGGGGCCCCCCACACCUGACAACCACAAGGCCGGGGCUCCCUCUCCACUAGAGCGCCACCACGCCAGCGGCGGCAGCAGCCAGGCAGUGUGUGUGUGGCUAUGCCUCCUCCGGAUCACAACGCAGUACGAUGCCGACCAGAUUGACAGAGGCUUCGACGCUGACCAGCCGAGGCGAGUAGACUGACCGAGCGACUCCCUGCUUCGCUCUGCGCAGGAUAUCCCGGGUGAGACACCACGUGUAUUCGGUUCCACUAUGGCUAGGCCGGCCAUGGAGCGAGGAUGCUCGCGAGUGUGCGUCAUACUGCUGUACCUGAUUGGCAUGCUGCUCAUCAUAGCCGGUGCCGUCGCGGGCGGCUUCAUCGUUAACUACCCCGACAUCCUCUUCUAUCUGGCCAUCGCGUCCGGGUCAUCUAUUGUGCUCGGAAUUGUCUUUGUGUCGUUGUCCGCCUGUGUUUGCACGAGACGCAGGCCACCGCCCUCCAAGGAUGCUCAGCGGAAGUUCACCGCGCCAACAUCGAACGGAGUGAAGGGCAGCUUGAGUACCGACUUCAAGGAGGCGUCCGUAAGCUCGCGAGAAGAUCUGAUUGGCUCGGCAUCAUCUUCGCGGCCCAGUGACGGAAUGUUGAACGUCGCGCUUGAGAAGGGCGAGUUCUUUCACAAUGCUUCAAUCGACACGUCCAACUCCAAAAAGGCGCUACAGAAACCCGUGACCAGCUCGCCGAGGACAACGAAGUCAAAACUCGUUCGUGAGGAUGCUGUGUUCCCCGAGCCGCCCAAGGUAGCGGAAAUCCCUCUUGCCCAUCGUUCGCAACCAGACAGUCUCCGAAAGGCAAAGGCUAAAAAUGGCAAGCUUCCCAAGUCCCCGGCAAGUGUCGGUGACUUUGCCUCAUUGGGUUUUCAAGACGAAGAUGGUGUCUUUGGGGUGCCGGAUGCUAAGGGCAAGCCCAGCGUCAAAGGACGAGGAAAGGUGCCGUUGACGGCGUUCAAGCAGACGUCGAAGUCUGUUUCAGACCUGGACGACGAAUCGUCUUUCGAUUCUACCACGCGGGCUCCCCAGCAGCGCACUGCAACGACCCGUCCUGAAACACCGCAGAUGGAGCCUCGGCUGGCCGUCAGCUGCCACAACAUUCUAAGCGAGGAACCUGUGCGCGUGGGCAUCGCCCACCUGCGGCAGCGCGAGGACACGGUGGCCAGGAAACCUCCGGUGCCGCGCAAGGUGACCGGUAUCGCGCUGCCAGGCAUGGUUCAGCGCGCGGCCCCAGCCGGUUCGUCGUCGCAGAGCCAAGACGACCUCAGCCGCGUUCGCCUGAAACCAGCUGACCAGAAGCCUCGAGGUUCGCUGCACGACCACGGGUCGGAGGACGGCAAACAAAAGCUUCAGCAUAAGUCUGUGCCAGACUUUUUCCUGCAGGACGGCAGCGCCAAGCUCACUCUGCUGGACAGCAGUUCCAGUUCCUACGGCAAGUCGAGCCGAACCACGGCGCCAUCUUCCGAGACGCCGCUCAACACGUCGCUGACAUCGUAUGCGGAGCCAGUUGGGCCCGAGGACCUGCACAGGUGCAAUACAGUGGGGCUGCCGCCUGCUCCACUUCCGAAGCCGACGACGAGUGGACAGCAGUUCCGCUUGUACACGCCCAAGGAGGACGCCCUUGUGAUGGACAAACAGCCUUUGAUGGCUGACUGGGCGGCUAGUGUUUCUUCCAAAAGCGACACAUUUUCUAGUGACGAGGCGGAAUGCCAGAGACAGCUAAGCUCGUCCCAAGAGCUUCUUAUGGGAGGGGUUAAAUGUCUGGAGACUGAAAUAUAGUUUUACGUGUGCGUUUCCGACGAUGAAGGAGUUUUGUUGUGCCCUUUGAUGAAUAGCUAGUGGACGUUUAGUUGACUCCUGGUUUGAUACGCCCACGAGACUGCCAAAUGCAACCUAUGGUCGCGGAAAUUAAAGUGUGGUGAUAUUAGAAUAGUC